AUGAAAAAACCUGAAGAAAUAUUUGAAUUUGUUAAACAAUGUGGUGAUGCACUUUUGCCUUCUUAUAUACCAAUUGUGAAACGAAGAAUGAACAUGAAAUUCACCAAGGAGCAGAAACGUUGGCAACAAAUACGUAGAGGACGUUAUGUAGAAUUUAAUUUGUUGUGGGAUCGUGGCACAAAGUUUGGGUUACAAACUCCUGGUGCAAGAAUUGAAAGCAUUUUUAUGUCUUUGCCAUUGACUUCCAGAUGGGAAUAUAUGCAUUCACCUGAGAAAAACAGCAUUGAAGAAAAAUUAAUUGAGGUCUUAAAAAAUCCACGCGAUUGGGCUUCACAAUAA